GGCGAACUACGUUGUAGUAAGAAAUUAGCAUUAGCGUUAGCCGAGUGAUGGACGGAUAUAAAGGCGCAGGUUUAUUACUGUAAUUGUUCACAUGAGUAGAUAAAUGUGCAGCUGAACAUGACCACUAACACAGAAAAACUCAGAGGAUUUUUAUUUGCGUUGUGGUUUCUUUUAGCGAUAAUUCAUAUUUCGUCAGCGACUUUGUCAGAUAAAGGUGUGACUCAAGAGUUUGAAACUGCUGAUGGACUAAAUUUCAAUUGUGAUGGACAGAAUAUAGAGGAUUCAGAAUCUCUCUCUCAAAGACAGUUUAAGACGGCAGAAAUUGCUGAUGCUGUUCUGGGGACGGAUCUUUCUGAAAACACAGCAGGGAUUGAAGCACUUAUUCCUAAAAGACAGAUCUCUAAACCAUGUGAGAAGGAAGUGACAGAGGGGCUGAAGAAGGAGAAAUUUGUGAAGGAGCAGGAGGCAGUGAUGGAGAAGGAGAUUGAGAUGAAGCAAGAAAAUCCAGCAGGAGGUGACGAGCAGAACUCCACAGAAAGUGCAAAGACGUAUAAAGUGAGCUGUGAUAAAAGGAGCAUCACUGGACUUCAUAACUUCACAGUGCAUGUUCUUAAUGCAUCGCAGGAUCUGAUGGAUUUCCUGAACUCAAACAGCUCAGAAUGCUCAUUAGUUCUCUUCUACACUUCCUGGUGUCAGUUCUCCGCCCACCUCGCUCCUCACUUUAAUGCUCUGCCAAGAGUUUUUCCCAUCAUGCAUUUCCUUGCACUUGAUGCCUCCCAACACAGCAGUUUGUCAACACGCUUUGGAACUGUUGCUGUGCCCAACAUUUUACUCUUUCAAGGCACUAAGCCAAUGGCACGCUUUAACCACACAGAGAGAACACUUGAGAUGCUAACAGCCUUCAUCGCUAAUCAAACAGGAUUUGAAGCAGUUGCAGGUCAAAUGGUGACAGAUGAGGAUCGUGUUGGUCCUUUACUCAGCAUCCCAGUGAGGAGCAUCGACUGGCUUUUUGUGUUCAGUGUCAUGUUUUUAGCUGUGUUCAGUUUGUAUGCCAUCCUGCGGACCGACAGCAUCAGGCUACUUAUCCCUGGCCAUGAACAUGACCACCAGGAUUAAUUAUUAUUAUUAUUAUUAUUGUUGUUGUUGUUGUUUUGUUGUUGUUCUAUUAUAUAAACGUUUCAAAUUUGAAACUGGGUAAAAUGGACAUUUUAGAAUAAAUAUUACACAUUAAAUCACAAUAAAAACAAUAAAUAAUUA